GCACCUGUCCCCAUCACCUGCUCCGAGACCCCCACCGUCAGCCAGCUGGUCUCCAAGCCCCCGGCUCCCAACAGCAGCGCGGAGGAGGACGGGAUCAACCUGGAGGAGAUCCGGGAAUUCGCCAAGAACUUCAAGAUCCGGCGCCUGUCCCUGGGCCUGACGCAGACGCAGGUGGGACAGGCGCUGACGGACACCGAGGGCCACGCCUACAGCCAGGGCACCGAGGGCCCAGCCUACAGCCAGUCGGCCAUCUGCCGGUUCGAGAAGCUGGACAUCACCCCCAAGAGCGCCCAGAAGCUGAAGCCGGUGCUGGAGAAGUGGUUGAGCGAAGCCGAGCUCCGGAACCAAGAAGGGCAACAAAACCUGAUGGAAUUCGUCGGGGGGGAACCCUCCAAGAAACGGAAGCGCCGCACAUCCUUCACCCCCCAGGCCAUCGAGGCGCUCAACGCCUACUUCGAGAAGAACGCGCUCCCCACCGGCCAGGAGAUUACCGAGAUCGCCAAGGAGCUCAACCGUGACGUCCGCCGCUUCUGGUUCUGCACCCGCCGGCAGACCCUCAAGAACACCAGUAAACUCAACGUCUUCCAGAUCCCCUAA